AUGAAAGCAAAAGCUGAUAUGAAUUGUGUUGGGAAGACUUUUUGUGCUUUCAUUCUGCUCACCAUCGCUGUGGCCAUGGUACCAAUGGAUAACAUCAGAGUGUCUAAAAUAGCUGGUUCCAGCGUUAAUCUGACCUGUGGUGACAUUUCAAGGGCAGAUCUGGUAUCAAUAGUAUGGAAGAUAAGACCGAGGACUGGAAAUCACUGCGCACUGGCAUACAGAAUGGAUCUGAACAAGACAGACAGAACAAACUGCAGUGAGAGAAUGGAUUGGAAAUCUAGCCCUGAAACUGAUAGUGCACUUUGGAUACGGCAAGUGACACUCACAGAGGAGGGAUGUUAUAUCUGUGAAACUGCAACUAGUGGUGGAAAUUUGCAUCGAACCUACACUCUGACUGUAUUAGUCCCUCCUGAAGUGACCUUGACCUGUGACAGCAAUGGGACCGCUGUGUGCAAGGCAGCUGCAGGGAAACCAGGUGCACAGGUCUCUUGGGACCCAAAUGGAGAUCCCAGGACUGAGCUUGAAAAUCACACAGAUGGGACAGUGACUGUGCUCAGUAUGUACAGCUCCAAAGAGACUAGUAUAACCUGUUUGGUCUCUCAUCCAGCUUGGAACACAACCCAAUCCAAGGAAUGCCCAUCAGACAUGUUUCUUCAGUGUUUCGCCAUCUGUGCUGGUCUCCUGGGCAUCUUCUUCAUUCUGGUUUUCAUUUUCUUCUGUAAGCUCCACUGUGGCAGCAUCUACCAAACAGAUGUCACCCACCUCUGGAGGACAGAGCACGACUGUCCUACUGCUCCCACACACAACGUGCAGGACAGUAAUGAGCAGCAGGAGUUGGAGCCCUACGCCAGCUACGUGCAGAAGGAAAAUGUGAUCUACAACACAGUGUAUGAAGUAACAGUGAGUGAAGACCUCCCACCAGGGCUCCAGUCAGCAACGUGAGAAUCCAGCUGGGCCUGACUCACCACCUGUGUGAAGAAGGGGAACAGGUUGCAGGGAAGAUUGAUGAUACUGGAUUCCUUCCAGAAGAGGAUCUCCAUCACCAAACACUUUCCUCAUGGGAUUCUGGGAAGCAAGGAUCUGCAUAGCCACUGGGUGCCUCUAAACACA